AUGGCAUCAAGGAAGAGAGAAGGGAUGACUCCAGAGGAGGCUCAGAGACAUGUCCCUCAGGAAGAGACCAUUACUGAAGGACCCCUUAGCCUGCUUACCAAGGCAGUCAAGACCAACUGUCAGAUCCUGGUUAACUGUAGGAAUAAUAGGAAGUUACUAGCCAGAUGUAAGGCCUUUGAUAGACAUAUGAAUAUGGUCCUGGAGAAUGUAUGUGAGAUGUGGACGGAAAUGCCGAAGAAGCAGAAGGGAAAGAAAACCAAACCUGUUAAUAAAGAACGCUUCAUACACAAGUUAUUCCUUAGAGGCGACUCUGUCAUUUUAGUCAUCAAGAAUCCUAAGUAG